UAGUUUAACUAAUUAUUUGAUGGCUGAAAAUAUUGGACAACAAAAUCAAACAUUUAUUACAGAUACUAAUAAAUGUAUUUAUUUGUGUGGAGGGGUUGUUAAUAAUCAAUAUAAACAAAAAUGUAUAAAAUAUGAUGAAAAUCGAGACGAUUGGCAACCAAUUAGCGAUAUGAUUUAUCAGCGAUUAGAUUUUAGCUUGAUAGCUAGUAAUAAUAAACUAUAUGCAAUUGGAGGAUAUAAUGUAACCGUUGUUGGUGGUAAUGAAUUAAAAACAAUAGAAACUUAUGAUCCUAGAUCAAAUACAUGGCAAUUAUCGAAACCCUUAAUUCUAAAAAGAUACAAAAUGGCUGCUUCUGUAAUUGAUUCAAAAAUUUAUGUUUGCGGUGGUUUAAAUAAUUAUACUGCUAUAAAAUCAUGCGAAAUAUAUUCGAUUGAUACAAAUUCUAUAGAAUUUAGUGAACCUAUGAUUUAUGCGAGAUAUGACUUUCAACUAGUUGCAAAUAAUAAUUAUCUAUAUGCUAUCGGUGGAUCAUCUAGUUCAGUUGAAAAAUUUGAUUUAAAAACUGGACAAUGGACUUUAAUUCAAAAUACAAAUUAUCGAAGGACUGGAUUUGGUGCAACAAUAUUAUUUAAUAAUAUAUAUGUUUGCGGUGGAGUAAUGAGUAAAAAUACAUGCGAAAAAUUUGAUUGUAAUAAUAAUAAUAAUGGCACAUGGAAAACUAUUGAUUCAUUAAAGACCGAGCGAGAUAGUUUUCAAAUAAUUAAUUUGAAUAAUAAAAUUUUUGCAUUAGGAUCACGAAUAUCACCUUACGAAAGCACUGUUGAGAUCUAUGACCAUAAAUCUGAUCAAUGGUUUCAAUCGGAUUCAUUGCCGUAUAGAGUUUAUUACCAUUCGGUUGCCGUAUUAUAAUUGUUAUUGAAAUUGACCACAA